GACGGGGGAAGGUCUCGGCGCGUCGCGGCGCAUUUCAACUCGUAUCCUCGUUGUUCCGUAUGAGUUUUUGACGCGAGCGAUUGUUUCGAAAGUGUCGGGCAUUCGUGCCGGCAUCCGUCGUGUCGGAUGCAUGGUGCGAAGUCAUGUCGCGUUCGAUCGUGUUUCGCAUCUUCUCCGUUGCCUGAUAUCCCGAGUUUCCAACCCACGUGAACGUCAGAAAGAUUUCGAGAGUUUCGAAAUUGAAGGAUCGCGCGUUCGUGUCAAGUGUGAAUCAAGACGAAUCGUCGUGAGGAGGAUCACCGAGAGAUGACGCCGUGAUAGCUUUUUUUUCUAUUGCCUUAUCACAUCUGAACCUGAACGAGCACUGUUGACCACUGUUGACGUUUACAACAGUUUAUUAGCAUGAGUCAGGUGUUAGGCUUUAAACGACCAAGUCAGUGGUCGUGACGAUAGUAAAUAUCGUUAGUGUGUGAUUCGAUUUUGAAUUUCGUCAUGAGCAGCUGUCGGCUGGAGCCCUGUAUCCAGCUUCCUCUCUCAGAGGAGCUGUUGAAAGACAGUGUGGAUAAAGCGAAGGACUGGACACUUAUGCAUGGAAUAUCCAUGCGGUCUAAAAAAAACUUCAACAAAGACCAGGUACAAGUGCUGCCUGUUACACUGUUACCAUCGAGCUUCCCUAGAAAAUCCUUUCUAGCUGUAAAAAAUGUACAGACUUUAUUGAACGAACUUAUUCAUAAGGUUGCUCAUGAUAAAGAAUUUCUCGCCAGCAGCUUAAAAAGCACAAUACAAGCUGAUCCAUUUACCGCAAAGCUGUUCCACAUAUAUGAGACAGUAUACAAAAAAGGCUUUAGCCAGAGUAUAAGUCUCGGACUGUUGAGAUCGGAUUAUUUAUUGCAUAACGAUGAUUGUAAGAUAAAGCAAGUUGAAAUAAACACGAUAGCAUCCAGUUUUGCUGCUUUAUCUACUAUUACAUCUGAAUAUCAUAAGUACAUAUUAGAAGAAUUGGGAUAUAGAAAGGAAGCAUGUGAACAAAUUCCAGGAAACAAUGCUCUUAAUGGAUUUUGCAAAGGAUUAAUACUUGCAUGGGAAUUGUACAAUAAUCCAGAGGCUAUUAUAUUAUUUAUUGUUGAAGAUGUGACUUAUAAUAUAAGCGAUCAAAGGUUUCAUGAGUUCCAAAUUCGUCAAUUAUGUCCAAAAAUUAAGAUUAUUAGAAAAAGUUUAACUAGUUUAGCAUUGGAAGGAAUAAAAUUGGGACCAAAUAAAGAAUUAAUUGUUUCAAAUAUGGUAGUGGCUGUUGUUUACUAUCGUUCUGGUUACGAACUUGAAGCUUAUCCUACAGAAAAGGAAUGGGACAUUAGAUUGCUGAUAGAAUGUUCGCUUGCAAUAAAAUGUCCAUCAGUACAGUAUCAUUUAGCAGGUACUAAGAAAGUACAACAAUCUUUAGCUCAGCCUAGUGUAUUGAAAAAGUUUCUAAAAGAUGAUGUAUCUGUUUCUAAAGUGCAAGAAAUAUUUACUGGUCUAUAUACGUUAGAUUUUAAUAAUGAUGGAGAAAAAGCAGUAAAAAUGGGUAUAAAUGAACCAAACAAGUUUGUUCUUAAACCACAAAGAGAAGGAGGAGGGAAUAACGUGUAUAAUGAGGAUAUAAGAACGUGGUUGAAUACGAUGAAGGAAUCGCAAGAGAGAACGGCGUGGAUUCUCAUGGAUCGCAUUUAUCCUCCUUUACAAAAAAACUAUUUGGUGCGUGCUAUUGAAGAGUCGUCAUUGGAAGAUAGCAUUAAUCUAUCAGAUGUUAUAACAGAACUUGGUAUAUACGGUGUGAUAGUGGGGGAUAGCAAUGCUAUAAUACUAAAUGAACAAGUUGGACAUAUUCUAAGAACCAAAUCAGCGAGUGAAGAUGAAGGAGGAAUAGUAGCAGGUAUUGGUGCCCUUGAUAGUCCGUACUUAAUUGAUUGAAAUAAAAUAUCUGUAAGAGAAUAAUUACAAUUAAACAUAAUAAUCUGUGAAUAUACACUAUCUAUUAUUUUCUCUUGCUACAUAAUUAAUUUUUAUUAUAUUUCUUGCACUUUUUAUUGUAUAUAUGAUACAUGUGAAUAUGAAUUACUGGAAAUUGGACGCUAUGAAAUAUAUGAACGGAUAUUGUUACCAACAUUUGAUAUUGCACCUAAGUUUUUAAGUAAUUUUUAGUUGUUUAGAUUUUGUUAUAAUUGAACUAAAAUUAAAGUAUUUUACCAAUAAAAUCUUAAAGACACAAUUUUUAUUAAUCGUAAAAUAAUAAUAGGCAUCACAAUGCAAAUACUAUAUACAAUAAA